AUGAAGCUAGCUUUCAUGCCUCAGGUCCUAGUAGCGCGGGGAUCAGAGGAGGCUUACACCGAACUGACUUUGCAAAUCUCUGAGUUCAGUUAUCGGUUGGAUCAGUGUAUGGGUCUAGAACCCGAUGAGGCAGACACUGGAUAUGCUUCCAUGCAGGAGGAGCACAGGACAUGGCCAUCGCAGCUAACUCACGACAAGAACAAGUAUAAGGGGUCCAAAAGGUCUUUUAAGAUGAUGCUAUCCAGAAAGAAACCCAGGAACUCCCUCAAAGCUUCUUUUCUUUCUGUAUGGAGAAAAUGGUCGAAGUUAAAGGCUGCUGGCGGGGACAAGACCGAUCUAAAUGUCCCCGAGCCCGCCGCCUCGGAGAUCGGCAGCCUGUUUAUCUGCGAUUGCUGUCCUAAGAAACCCAAGAAGUUUGACAAUCCAGAUGACUUGCGCGCGCAUGAGAUGGUGAAACAGUACUCAUGCCCGUACUGCAACCACCGCUUCAAGAACAAAAAUGAGGCCGAGCGGCACCGGAAUCAUCUUCAUCUACGCCGGUAUUCCUGGUCGUGUGCCACACUCAUCACCUUUCAGGCAGCGUUCAACGCUUCGAUAUCUCCGUAUAAUCAAACAAAUGUCGGCCCGUCUCACGAUAUGUGCGGGUAUUGCGGCGAAGAAUUCCCCAAUUUUCCCCAGGCGGACUGCAAUCGCCGGUUCGAACACUUGACGACCAUGCACAAGUUUGGCGAGUGCAGCAACACGAAGAAGUUCUACCGCGCCGACCAUUUCCGACAGCACCUGAAACAUAGCCAUGCUGGAACAAGCGGAAAAUGGACCGAUAUCUUGGAAACUGCUUGCAUGAAGGAAGAACAUGCCCGAGCCUCAGAGUGA